GGCGCGGCGCGGCGCGGCGCAGAGCUGGGGCCGAGCGCGGCCGGCCGAGCGGGACCGGGAGGGAGCCAUGGGCCGCUAGGGCCGGGCCGAGCCCCGCGAUGCCGCCGCCGAGUGGCCCCAGCGUCCUCGCGCGGCUGCUGCCGCUGCUGGGGCUGCUGCUCGGCGGCGCCUCCCGGGCUCCCGGCAAGUCGCCGCCGGAGCCCCCCAGCCCGCAGGAGAUCCUGAUCAAGGUGCAGGUGUACGUGAGCGGGGAGCUGGUGCCCUUGGCCCGAGCCUCAGUGGAUGUGUUUGGGAACCGGAUGCUGCUGGCCGCUGGCACCACGGACUUGGAGGGCGUGGCCACACUGCCCCUCAGCUACCGCUUGGGCACCUGGGUGCUGGUCACUGCUGCCCGCUCUGGCUUCCUCACCAACUCUGUGCCCUGGCGUGUUGACAAGCUGCCCUUGUACGCGUCAGUCAGCCUCUACCUGCUCCCGGAGCGGCCGGCCACCCUCAUCCUCUAUGAGGACCUGGUGCACAUCCUCUUGGGCUCUCCUGGUGCCCGCUCCCAGCCCUGGGUGCAGUUCCAGCGCCGGGCUGCCCGCCUGCCAGUCAGCUCUACCUACAGCCAGCUCUGGGCCUCACUCACACCUGCCAGCACCCAGCAGGAAAUGAGGGCUUUCCCUGCCUUCCUGGGCACAGAGGCCUCCAGCUCAGGUAUGCUGGGUUCCAGCCAUGGAAGGGAUGUUCCCCCACCAGGAUUUAGCCCUCAGUCCUUGUGUCCCCUUCCCCCAGGCAAUGGCUCCUGGCUGGAGCUGAUGCCCGUGGCUGCUGUGAGCGUGCACCUGCUGGCAGGUAAUGGGACAGAGGUGCCGCUCUCGGGCCCCAUUCACCUGUCCCUGCCUGUGCCCUCGGAGCCUCGUGCCCUUGCUGUGGGCACCAGCAUUCCAGCCUGGAGGUUCGACCCCAAGAGUGGGCUGUGGGUGCGCAAUGGCACUGGCGUGAUCCGGAAGGAAGGCCGGCAGCUCUACUGGACCUUCAUCUCCCCUCAGCUGGGGUACUGGGCGGCUGCCAUGGCCUCCCCCACGGCUGGGCUGGUCACCAUCACGUCGGGCAUCCAGGACAUCGGCACCUACCACACCAUCUUCCUGCUCACCAUCCUGGCAGCCCUGGCCCUGCUGGUGCUCAUUCUGCUGUGUCUGCUCAUCUACUACUGCCGGAGGCGCUGCCUGAAGCCGAGGCAACAGCACCGCAAGCUGCAGCUCUCCGGGCCCUCUGAUGGUAACAAACGUGACCAGGCCACCUCGAUGUCCCAGCUCCACCUGAUCUGUGGGGGACCCCUGGAGCCCGCCCCGUCGGGGGACCCCGAGGCUCCGCCUCCAGGCCCCCUCCACUCGGCCUUCUCCAGCUCCCGUGACCUGGCCGCCUCCCGGGACGACUUCUUCUGUGCCAAGCCACGCUCCGCCAGCCGCCCGGCCGCCGAGCCUGCGGGUGCCCGCGGGGGCGAGGGCGCCGGGCUCAAGGGCGCCCGCUCCGUCGAGGGUCCCGGCGGGCUGGAGCCAGGCCUGGAGGAGUACCGGCGGGGGCCCCCGGGGACCGCGGCCUUUCUGCAGGAGCCGCCCUCACCGCCACCGCCCUUCGAGCACUACCUGGGCCACAAGGGGGCGGCCGAGAGCAAGACCCCCGACUUCCUGCUGUCGCAGUCGGUGGACCAGCUGGCGCGGCCGCCGUCGCUCAGCCAGGCGGGGCAGCUCAUCUUCUGCGGCUCCAUCGACCACCUUAAGGACAGCGUCUACCGCAACGUCAUGCCCACCCUGGUGAUCCCCGCGCACUACGUGCGCCUCGGCGGCGAGGCGGGCGCCACGGGGGCGGGCGACGAGCCGGCCCCGCCCGAGGGUGCGGCCCCCGGCCCGGCACGCCCUUUUCCCCAGCCCGACCCCCAGCGCCAGCUGAUGCCGGGCCACUCGGGCGCGGGGGGCGAGGGCGGCGGGGGCGGCGGCGGCGGCGAGGGCUGGGGGGGCGGGCGCUCGGCGCCGGUCAGCGGCUCGGUCACCAUCCCGGUGCUGUUCAACGAGUCGACCAUGGCGCAGCUCAACGGGGAGCUGCAAGCGCUGACCGAGAAGAAGCUGCUCGAACUGGGCGUGAAGCCUCACCCGCGCGCCUGGUUCGUGUCCCUCGACGGGCGCUCCAACUCGCAAGUGCGCCACUCCUACAUCGACCUGCAGGCGGGCGGCGGUGGCCGCAGCACCGAUGCCAGCCUGGACUCGGGCGUCGACGUGCACGAGGCGCGGCCGGCGCGCCGGCGGCCCCUGCGGGAGGAGCGGGAGCGCACCCCGGCCGCCGCCCCGCCGCCGCCGCCGCCGCCGCCGCCCGCGCCCCCGCGCCUGGCGCUCAGCGAGGACACGGAGCCGAGCAGCAGCGAGAGCCGCACGGGCCUCUGCUCCCCGGAGGACAACUCGCUGACGCCGCUGCUGGACGAGGUGGCGGCGCCCGAGGGCCGGGCGGCCACGGUACCCCGGGGACGGGGCCGCAGCCGCGGGGACAGUUCCCGCAGCAGCGCCAGCGAGUUGCGGCGCGACUCGCUCACCAGCCCAGAGGACGAGCUGGGGGCGGAGGUGGGCGACGAGGCGGGCGACAAGAAGAGCCCCUGGCAGCGGCGGGAGGAGCGGCCGCUCAUGGUGUUCAACGUCAAGUAGCGCCGGGCCUGGCGCCGCCUCCGGGCCGGCCCCCGCCCCCUCCGCCUGGGCCGGCCCCCAGGGUGCGUGCUCCGGGGGGCCGCGGGGGCCCUCGCCCUUAGCCCCCAGCCCCGGCCUGGGGAGACGCCCGGGGGCCUGCGGAGCUGUCCGGUGGUACGUGCUGGGUAAUGUCUUGGGAGGGACCCGUGUCUGCCUCCGAGAGGGAGGUGGGAGGGGUCUGGACCCC